AUGGCCACCAUGGCCAAGGAGGACCUGUUGGACUAUUUCUUCAUGCAGUACAGGCAGUACCUCCUGUCCUUGCUCAGGAAACACAAGCUGACAGAGGAGGACUACCUGUCUCCAUUUAUUCGCCUCCAGGAGAAGAAGAAACAAGCCAACCUGAUGAAAAAGGCUCUGGAGGUGAAGGAAGAGGCCUUCAAGGAGAGGAUGAAGGCCAUAACCUGCCAAUGGAAGGACCUCCACACCAAGGAGGCUCAGCUGAAAGUCUACAUGGAGAAAUCUGAGAGGAUUUUAAAGGAAAAUGAUAAAAUGCCAAUCCAAGCUCUGAAGAAAGCCAGCAAAGAGAAAGAGAGGACAAUGCAAAUGGAAAAGGAGCUUUUGAGAGCUAAGAAAGAACUGGAAAUCCUGAGAAACAAGCAACAGCAACUCCGCAACAAAGUGGAGAAGUACUCCAUCUUCAACAAGUACCUGGAGGAUGUGGUGAAGAUCUCACAGUUUGAGGAGAUCCAGGAGGUCAUCAGGUGCUGCAAGACGCUGGUGAGGAUGCACAAGGACCUGCUGCAGUCACAACAAGCGCACCAGGAAAUGUCUGAGCAAGCCAAGGUGCUCCUCGAUCAGUACACAGCAGAGAAAGAAGCUGAGAUCCUCCAGCAUGAAAACAAGCUGGUGCAGCUCCAGUUGCAUUUGGAGCAGGCUCAAAAGGAUGUCCUCCUAUGGGAGACUUGCUGGGCCAACAUCCAGGACACGACUGCCGAGAAAAUGCAGAAUUUGGGGAACAUCAAGAUGGCCAUCCUCAACCUCUUCCAGUGUGUGAACAUGCAGCUGAAAGCAAACCUGAAAGUGCUAGCAGAUGACAGCCACACGCAGCUGAACAUGAUUCAGCAGCUCAUCGGUGACCUCAAAGACAUCGUUAUGAAGGUGAAAAAGAAGGACCACCAGCAGCAGUACCUACAGAGCUACAAGGAACAUGCCAACAUGACCUUCUCUGCCAGCAAAGGCUAA